UGGGUGAUUUCUAGUUCGGCAACAGGUGGGGUGGUUUUUUUUAAUUUCUGAGCGCCGAUGCUGUAAUUGAACCUAAUUUUUAAAUAUUUUACGAUGCUGUAAUGGAACUAAUUUUCAAGUAUUUUAUAGACAUGAAUAUUAUUCAAGUUUUAAUUUAUGUUAUGUACUUUUUACCUUUCUUGAGUGCUUCCGCUCGACCAUGGAACAUUACUGAUUAUGACAGGAUGGUGGACUUAGCACCCCAUUCUUCUCCGCUCAUGCAAACCAUUGAUUCCAUGACUUUCACUUUUUCAAAAGCCCUUCAGGCCGUAUCUCCAACACUUGAGCCAUUUUUAAGUGUCGCUACCCUUGCCUACAUUGGUUAUGUUGGAACCGUAAUGGCAGUUCCAAAGCGACUGUCUAGUGCUGGAUUUCCGAUUCUUGAAGACUUUUCCGAGGAAAAAAGAUCAGCAAAAUCUGCAAGUUUUGUUGAUUCGCUCGCAUCUGGCUUUAUGAAAGACGUUAUUAGCAAGACGGAAGCAGCUGAUGUAAUGAAGAAUACUACCAUCGCUGCAACUAAAAGAAGUAUUGAUACUUUAAGGAAAACGACUAGAAUGGUGAAUCUUGGUCUCAGUUCGCUGCUAGGAACUGUGAAGUACUUAAUAACUUUAUUUAGUCCAGACUGUCUCUCUAGAUCAAUGUGCCAUGUUGGACAGUUCACGAGUAUUCAUUUACCUCUAUUGGGAUCCCUUCUAAGAAGAAUUAAUUCUUAUGACUUGGAUGACUAUUCGCAAGCUUUGGUUGCUGGUACAACUAUUGGUGACUGCAGUGCUGUGUUCCAUGAAUGUACUCUUUAGAAAGACUGAGUAAUUUUCUUAAUUUAAUACCUUAAGCAAGCAGCAGGCUGCAAGAGCUUAUUUGGAGCUAUUUCAUUCAGAUGACUGCAAAGCUGAAUCGAGCUUCAUACUUUCAUUUUACGCAUUUACAAGACAUGCUUAAAUAUUACAUUCACGAUAGUCAUAAAUUUUUAGUUCAUGUUAUGCUAAUUUAUAAUGUGCUGUUAGUAGCAUGUUUAUCAUUUCAUUUACAUUGUGUGUGUUUGUAUUUUUCGCAAUAAUAUAAUAAAAUUUCCUAA